AUGAUUAACUAUAAAGAUGUCGAAUCAGCAUUAGUUGAGGACCCAGAUGAUUAUUGCAGACAUGUAGCAAAGCAACGAGCUUUAAAUGAGAAAAUUUAUAAUAAAAAAAUAGUAGAUUUCAAAGACUGA